CAAAGCGUGACUCCAAAAAGUUGGGGACUUGACAACUAUUCAACGUUGUUCGCUGCUGCGAGGCCAUUUAGCUUUGGUGGCAAGUUGACUCAAACGGGCAAGGCAAGGAAAUCUCCACUAAUUGACCAUUACCAGGACAAACCAUGAAAAGAGAAGAACCUAAUGAGUGUUAUGCCAUCCAUAUGAUGGCACAACUUGGAAGCACUUUGAUCUAGUACAUCUAGAUUUUUCCAUGAAUGACUUCAGUUUCAGAGUUCUAUAUAAUGUCUGAAUCAGAAGCUCAGCUUCCUACUGCCGUUGUUGCUGAUGUUCUACUGUGGAAGAGGUGGCACAUUUCCUUGGGUGUCAUUGUUGUUGCUACAGUUGCCUGGAUCGUGUUUGAGUGGACCAAUUUACCAUUUUUAACAAUAUGUUCAGAUGUCUUACUGAUUUUGAUCGUACUGUUGUUUAUGCAUGCUAACUUUGCUGCCCUCAGAAAUAAACAACCACCAACAUUACCUGAACUAGUUGUGUCAGAGGAGAUGGUUAAUAAUGUGGCAGCUUCAUUUCGGGUCAAAAUCAACAAUGUUCUUCUUAUAGCCCAUGACAUCACUAUUGGCAAGGAUUUUAGAAUUUUUUUCAAGGUGGUUAUUUGUCUGUGGCUCUUGUCUGUCAUCGGCAGCGUCUUCUCCUUCUUUACCCUUGCAUAUAUUGGAACCCUUCUUAUGAUUACCAUCCCUGCAUUGUACCGCAAAUAUGGAGGUUAUGUAGAUAAAUGUUGUGGAGUAAUAAACCGCCAACUUUCAAGACAUUAUAGAAUAGUAGAUGAGAAUGUUUUCAACAGACUUCCACGAAAUAUACCAAAGGAAAAAGAGUCUUGAUUUCCAAGGUCUUCCAAUCCAUUUCAUGUUCAUUCUGUGAAAGAAACUAUUCCAUUUUGUUGUUGGUUAUGUUGUUUAGAAUCUUACAAACUAAGUUGUCUGUUCAUGCCAACAACUAAUGGCAGUUUUAAUUUUUCUGUCAUCUGAUAGAGAAAGAUUGGAAGCUUUUGUGUACAUAGUUGGAGGAUUUUGAAGCUAAAAUGUGGUGAUCUUUUGUGAAAACCUUGUUGAAAGUUUUAUAGGAGCUGAACAUUGUCAUUGUUUUCUAAUGUGAUGCUUCUUACAUUUUAAUGCCUCA